AUGACAUCCUCCAAAGCAGGUACUGAUGGCGCUUUUCAGCCAGUAGCAGAGAAACAAGCGCAAAACCAGCCAGGUUUGGAGAAGAACUUAGCCCCAACGAGUGAAUCAACCAAGCUCGAGGGAGCCGGCGGUUUUGUUGAAUAUGCCGGCAGCGGCAAAUUGAAGGACAAAAAAGUCAUCGUAACCGGUGGCGAUUCCGGUAUUGGCAGGGCUGUGGCCAUCCUCAUGGCCCGUGAGGGGGCAGACGUGACAAUAAUCUAUCUGCAUGAAGAGCAGGAAGAUGCAGAGGUGACAGCUGAAGCAAUUAGGAAAGAAGGAAGAGAAUGUCUUCUCUAUCCUGGAAAUCUCACGGACGAGCCAACCUGCAAGUACGCGGUAGCCGAGCACGUCAAGAAAUUUGGCCGCGUCGAUGUCCUGGUUAACAACGCAUCACGACAGUUUCUAUGCAAGGAGUUUACGAAUAUCGACCUCAAGGCCGUGAAGGAUACGUUUGAGGUCAACAUUGUGCAAAUGAUUGCUUUGAGCAAGUAUGCCGUGCCACAUAUGGAAAAGGGUAGCUCGAUCAUAAACACCACUUCUGUCACUGCAUUCCGUGGCUCAUCAUCCCUCAUUGACUAUGCUUCAACAAAGGGAGCUAUUGUCAGCUUCACAAAGUCGCUGGCUCAAAACCUUAUUUCAAAGGGUAUUAGAGUGAAUGCAGUAGCCCCUGGUCCGGUCCAUACACCCAUUCAGCCUGCCUCGCGACCAGCCGAACAAAUGGAAGGAUUUGGAUCAGGUUCUAAACUUGGUCGACCCGGCCAGCCAAGUGAGAUCGCUCCGAGUUUCAUCUUCCUGGCAAGCAACGAAGCAGCACUAUACAAUGGCCAAGUUUUGCAUGCAUACCCUCUGGGAGAUUAA